GGUGCAAGACGUGCUAAAUAUUUUUGCAAGGAAAUUCAUAAGCGAUGGUAACUACUUACGAAUAACAAAAGGUCUUGCGUUCUAGCCGUUUUAUUGUUUUAGCCCAUUUUCUGCCUGUCCAUUUGAAUUGGCUAACUCAAACUAAGAAAUCCUACGAAUCUGACCGGACGAACUAAUACAACUCUUAGCAACACUUUAUCAUAAAUGUAGGAGUUCUUAAAAGCAUUACAAAAGAGUUAUAGCAAAGAUCGGGAACAAAAGUAACAACGGGUUGAAAGUAACAAACGUUAUGUAGAAUUGUAUAAAGGACCUGGUAUACCAAGUGACCGGUCAAAUGACUUCAUACAAUUGUACGGCCACAGUAACCUUCAAACUCCGCAACCAAAACAAAGUUAUCCGAAUCUAGAAGAAAUAUUAUGUAUGUAUACCAUACAAACGGCGACGAUGGUGGCGAAUAAAUCAGAACCUUAUAUACGGUCUAGGUCACAUGUACAAUGAUCUAUGCGCAGCGAUGUGGUUCUCUUAUAUGAUGCUGUUUUUCCAAGCGGUACUUGAAAUGAGGGCCGUUGUUGCCGGCGCCAUGCUUUUGCUGGGACAAGUUGUGGAUGCGCUCGCUACUCCAAUAGUUGGCAUAUUAGCUGACAAAUAUAGUACAAAGAAAGCUUGGCAUUUAACAGGAUGCCUAUUAGUGACGUUCACAUUUCCAAUGCUAUUUAUAAGAUGUUGGAAUUGCUGGCCGAAUAGCAAUUCCGAGUAUUUGAGGUGGUGGAUGCCUUUCUACUAUGCUAUACUGAUAACAAUUUUUCAAAUCGGCUGGGCUGUAGUUCAGAUAUCACAUCUAGCUAUAAUACCAUCUAUCACUGACAAUCUACAUAUACGAUCCGAAUUAACUUCUAUACGAUAUAUGGCUUCGGUUAUAUCAAGUCUAGCCGUCUAUUUCAUAACAUGGAUUGUUUUAAGGGCAACAAACUACAGUACUUUUAUAAGACCAUCGGAUGAUUAUAAAUUUCGGGACGUAUCAUUAAUUAUAUCCGGUAUUGGGAUACUUUCAUUUAUUAUUUUCCACAUUUUCUUUAAAUUGAAACCAUACAAACCACCAAAAGCGAACGGGCAUCCCGGAGAAAGCGGCGAAAAUGAACCUCUGAAUUUUCUAGCAAAGACAAAAAUAAUGCAUUUUUUACAAAUGCCCUUGUUAUACCAAACCAGUUGUUUGUACGUAUUUUCAAGAUUGUACUGGGCCUUGAGUCUUGUGUACGUACCGCUUUUUCUCGAAGAACGAUUAUCAUUUAAUCCAACUGAAGGUUCUGAAUUGGUAGCCAGCGUACCGCUUGUUCUUUACAUAUCUUCACUUAUAUUUUCAUUCCUUUUAAAGAGUAAUAUUAACAAGAUAGGACAUCAGGUGGCGUAUUUUAUAGGCAGCUUCCUUAGUCUAAUAAGCUGCAUGUGGAUAGCAUUAGCUAUCAGCCCAGAAGCAAAUGUUGCACAAAUAUAUUUAGUCGCAGCAUUAAUUGGAGCUGGAAGUGCGAUAACCCUGGUGUCGAGCCUUUGCGUAACAGCAGAUUUAAUAGGACCUCAUUCUCAUCAGGGUGCUUUAAUAUAUUCGAUUGUUACAUUUGCCGACAAAUUAGUAACUGGAAUAGCUGUAAUGGCUAUAGAAAACUAUAAAUGUGAUGAUGCAUUAACCUGCCCCCAGUACUAUAGGGGAGUAUUGACAUAUGCUUGUGGCGGCAGUGCUGUACUUGGCAUAUUAUCUCUAUCAAUAACAAUAAUAAGUACCAACCACAGCAAAAGUAAACCUCAAACAUAAUUAGUUCAUUUCAAUUAUUGUAACAAUACACAUAGUACAAUAAUAAAAUAUGAUACAUUGUU